UCAAGUUUGAUUGUUGGAAGUAAUUCAGGCAUUGAUAAAUAUCUAAGUUGAUAUAAUUAUUAUCAUAACUCUAUUCUCAUGCCAUACUCCAAGGAUUAUAUUCAAGACAAACUAACCAAAGAACUUGAUCUAGAACAUAUUAAAUUAAUAACAAAGUAAAAUAUAAUAAUAAGAAAGUAAAAAAUGGCCGACAAAAUAAUUAGAUUAUCUUUAAUAAUUGGGAUGAGUGCCCUGUUAAGAUAUACCGUUACAUUCCAUCCGUACAGUGGAGAAAAAAAGCCAUCUAUGUUUGGAGACUACGAAGCUCAACGUCACUGGCAAGAGAUAACCUAUAAUUUACCGGUCCAUGAGUGGUAUAUCAAUAGUACUUAUAACGAUCUUCAAUACUGGGGAUUGGAUUAUCCGCCAUUGACAGCAUAUCACAGUUUGAUAAUGGGAAAAAUAGCUCAUUACAUCAAUCCUAAGUAUGUCCAGUUACAUGCGUCUAGAGGUUAUGAAUCGGUUAAUCACAAACUAUUCAUGAGACUGACCGUUUUCGUCAUCGAUUUGUUGGUAUACAUCCCAGCAAUUUGGUUCUACUUCUACUCUAGUGUCAAAAGUGAGGUUAAAAAAAAAUGGCUGGUGCGUAAUGAUAACGAUAUUUUCGGCUACAACCGAUUUGAAUAUUACCUUAUCAUCGCUCUAGUUUAUCCAGGCGUUAUUUUAAUCGAUCACGGACACUUUCAAUACAAUUGUGUCUCUCUAGGUCUCUUUGUGAUAUCGGUAACCUUUUUUGUCAAAAACCGAUUUAAGUUGGGAUCACUGUGGUUCGUUCUAGCCCUUAACUACAAACAGAUGGAGCUUUAUCACGCAUUGCCGAUUUUUUUCUACAUUCUUGGGAUAUGCAGAUCGGCAAUAAAUCGGCAGAAAUCGUAUUUAUCGGCAGUUAUGAUUUUGCUAGAAGUUUCUCUAACGGUUAUUAUAACAUUUAUUAUCAUCUGGCUUCCAUUUUUACGUAAUUAUAGCUUUGUUGAUGUCUUUACAAGACUCUUUCCCAUCUCCAGGGGUGUCUUUGAAGACAAAGUAUCCAAUGUCUGGUGUGCCAUAAAUAUUGUUAUCAAAUUAAAAAGUCUGUUCGAUAACCAUCAACUGGCAGUGAUCUGCCUAGCAGUGACAAUCAUCACUGUUACUCCAUCAUGCCUUGAUAUUUAUUAUCGACCUUCUAAAGAUAAAUUAUUGUUAUCUUUUGUCAAUGUUGCUCUAGGAUUUUACCUAUUUUCAUUCCAAGUUCAUGAAAAAAGUAUUCUACUUGUUGCCAUUCCUGUUGUCCUUUGUCUCCACAAAGAUGUCCUCCCCUGUUUCUGGUUCCUAAUUGUUUCUGUCUUCAGUAUGUUGCCUUUAUUAGUCAAGGAUGGACUGAUCAUAGCUGUUGUUGGAUUAAUGAUGUUUUACAUCACCAUUGUGUUACUGAUAACCGAUAAUUUAUCAUCAGAAUUCGGCAUAAAAAAACCGACAAAUGAACCGAUUGGCAAAAAAUCUAAAAAGAAAAAAUCUAGUAUUCCAGUUAAACCUAAAGAGGAUUUGAAUCUUAGUUGGAUUAAUUAUUCUAAAAUGUAUGGCUUUAUUAUAUCAAUGUUAGGAAUGAUUGUUCUGAUGAUCGGUAUUUUAUUUUGUAAUCCACCCGAUCGGUAUCCCGAUUUAUUUCCCUUACUCAUAUCAUUGUAUUCUUGCGGCCAUUUUUUACUAUUUUUUGUAUACUUUAAUGUAAAACAAAUUUUUCUAACAAAAUGGAAACCAGUAAGAAAUAAAUCAUUCAAAAAUGAAUAAUUGUAAUUAAUGUGAAUAAAAGAUUUAAU